CUGGCCCCCCCGCCACCCUCCGAAGCGCUGGAGCCCGAUGAGGUGCCCAAGACCCCCGCGGCAGCGGGGAAGAAGAGCAAGUGUCGGGGGGUGCGGAAGAUGGUGGUGAAGAUGGCCAAGAUCCCGGUGUCGCUGGGGAGGAGGAACAAAACCACCUACAAGGUGUCGUCGCUCAGCAGCAACCUGAACCUGGAGGGCAAGGAGCUGGCGGCCAGCAGCUCCAUGGAGCCCACGCCGCUGCUGAAGAUGAAGAACAACGGGCGCAACGUGGUGGUGGUCUUUCCCCCCGGCGAGAUGCCCAUCAUCCUGAAGCGCAAGCGGGGCCGGCCUCCCAAGAACCUGCUGCUGGGCCAGGCCAAGCCCAAGGAGCCGGUCCCGGAGGUGAAGAAGAGGAGGAGGAGGAAGCAGAAGCUGGCCUCGCCGCAGCCCUCCUACAUCGCCGACACCAACGACAGCAAGGCCGACUACUCAGACGUGUUGGCCAAGCUGGCGUUCCUCAACCGGCAGAGCCAGUGCUCGGGGCGCUGCUCCCCGCCGCGCUGCUGGACGCCCAGCGAGCCCGAGUCCAUCCACCAGGCGCCCGACACGCAGAGCAUCUCCCACUUCCUGCACCGCGUGCAGGGCUUCCGGCGGCGCGGCGGCAAGGCGGGCGGCUUCGGCGGACGCGGAGGAGCCCAUGCGGCCCGC